ACCGGGGCCAACAAGAAAGAACCUAGAUCGAUCUGCUUAAUUUGUUAGUCUUUGGAAUCGAUAGAUCGAAGUCCUCGCGUACUGCAAACGCCCUCCAGCAAUCAUUACGGCUGCUUCCGCCACCGGCUCCGGCGGCAUGUCUCUGCCAGCGUCCAUGCCCGCUGAUUUGGUUGAGCUGGUCGGCCAGCGGGUGCUGGCCGGAGACCUGCUCGACUACGUCCGUUUCCGCGCCGUGUGUGCGCACUGGCGAUCCAGCACCAUCUGUCCACGCGGGCGUGGCAUCACUGAUCCGCGCUUCCAUCCGCGUCGGUGGAUGAUGCUGCCCGACGGCCAUGGACUCCACCUCAGAGAUGGCAGGAAGCGUUUCCUCAACCUCGACACCGGAGUAUUUGUCCGCCUUCGAGUUCCUCUUCUCGAGGACUAUGUCAUCCUCUGUCCGGUUGAAGGCCUUCUCCUCAUGCAGCUGCAAUACUUGCAAUACGGUGACCAACGCAACAACAUCUGCCUCCUUCACCCCUUCACAGGGGACGUCACAAGGUUCCCACCUAUCACGCAUCACACAAUAACCUUGGGAUCGAAUCCAGAUGGCAUGCUUUUUAAUUUUCUGCCUGGCAGCGCGACCGCCUCCUUGAGCAUUAGUGCCAAGGGAGUCGCCAUGAUGAUGAUGGUGCUUCCACGUACGCGUCACGUAGUCUUUGCUACCACCGACGACAAGCAAUGGAGCUUCUCAUCCUGGAGUUUUUCCCCAGAUGUGACCACCAUAUCAUCCCAGGGAAAACUUUACAUGCUGCAGAAGUCCAUGGAUACCGGUGGAGUACAGAUUUUCCAGGUCGACCCACCUCAUGAGAUGUCUGGGUUCAAUUCAUCUUCGUAUCUGCCUCUCAAGGUUAUCCCCGUAUGCACGACUCGGAUCCGCAACCCUUUCGGAUUAGUAGAAUGUGACUCGGAGAUCCUGCUCGUGGCUUACACGAGAGUUUAUAGAAUAGAGGAUCUUGUCCUAGAAAAAAUUGCCCCACUAACAAGCGUCGGAGAAAACGCUCUCUUGAUGAGUUUUGAAACAAGUCAGGGUGGCAUCGGAAGGAGCCUGAGUGUCAAUAUCAAGGCGAUGCCUACCAUUAGGGGUGACACUAUCAUACGUAAUAACCCCCUAGGUGACGAAUCACUUGGACAAUAUCACCUCGAUACUGGCACUUGGUCAACUAGAGAGGAGCGAUGCAUGAAAUAUGAUGGCCGGUUCUGUACUUGUAGCACUGUUCACCUCAUUAACCAUAUCUAUGGUGUCUGCCAUUGUCCUGUUAACUGGAACCCAGGCCGAAAGAGGCUUUGGUAGCUAGUGCCGGGUCGAGGGAGAUUAUGUUUGUGACAAGAUAAGUUUGGUGCUACUUGUUUUCUCUUCAUGGGAAGAUAAUUCACUUCAUUCGACAAUUAUAUGCAUAUGGCCAGCCUUUCUAUACGUGUAAGAUGUAGGAAAGAAAGUAGUAUUGAUCUUGAUUAUUAUAUCGUACACAUACGGGAUGAAUGAACCGAUUACCCCUGGCCCCUAUCAAUUGUUAUU